GUCAUCCACUAAGCUUUUCUCCCUCCAGAAGUCGUCGCGGUCGCGCCUGCGUCUUGUGAGUCCAUCAAUGGCGUUUCCUUCGACUGCCGUACUCUUCUUAUUCUUCUUCCUCUGCCUCAUUCUCCUCCCUCUCUCCCUCGCAGAUUCGUCUCUCGAUCCCGGCCUUCCAUCACCGUCGUCAUCAGAUAUCCACGAUAUUCUCCCAAAGUACGGAUUCCCGAAAGGUCUGCUACCGGCCAAUGUUAAAUCCUACAAUCUCUCGACUGAAAGCGUCUUCACCAUCGAGCUUGAAGAGCCGUGUUAUGUUAAUUUCGAGAAGUUGGUUUUCUAUGAUCGGAAGAUCACCGGUAAGCUCAGGUAUGGUUCGGUGAGUGAGGUCAGUGGGAUUCAAGCGAAAUUGGCCUUUAUCUGGGUUUCGGUGAGCGCGAUCGAGGUGGAUUCUAACUCGGAUAUGCUUGAGUUCUUUGUUGGUUUCAUAUCGAAGAAGUUUCCGGCUAAGGAGUUCGAGAAGAUCCCGUCUUGCAGGCGCAAUGCUGAUCCGCUCAUUGAUUUGAUGGAUUCCAUGUGAAGGUAAAUUACCAAUCUGUUUUCUCUUUUGU